CAGCAGCAGCAGCAGUAGCAGCAUCUCAUCUCAGCAACAAGACCGGAAGGGGCCAGCCAGCAACAAACCAGAAUCACGGCCUGUUUUUUCCAUGCCAGAUAUCCCCCGUCAACAACCAUCCGGCCCAAGAAAAAUCAUUGUCGCCAUUGCCCCCGUCUCUCUGGCUUCCUCUCGACACCCUUUUCGUUUGCUCUAGCUGUCGCGCAGACCAUCUCUGAUCGUGGGCCCUAUUCCGCCUAUCAAACUGGCCACCAGCAUCCCAAAAAAAAAGGACCAAGCAAGGCCCGUUUACCUUUACUCUUUCACUCUGUCUCUGUUUCCUCUCUCAGCAGCUCAGGCACAGACAGACAGACAGACUCAGUCAGACGGACAGGUCACUCACACUUCCACUCUCACUCUCACACACACACGCGCACACAUACACACAAUACCUCGCUCACCUACCUCACCUCAUCUCAGUCAACCCACAUCACCACUUGUAUCAAUUCCCGGUUUGCCCCGUACGUACUCACAUACUUUCACCUCCUCCGCCGCUUCUUUCUUUGCUUUCCCCCUUCUUCCAUAUCAUCUCUCACCAGCCCUUCCGCCAAAGCCGCAUCGGAGGAGAUUGAAGAAGAAAAAAAAAUCCGGCUUCACUCUUGCACAGCCCAUCACUUAUUCCAAAGGUGUGCCCCCGAGUCCGUUCAACUGAAUGACUUCUCUCCCUCGCCCGGCAUUUCAUUGCGGCACCACAUCUUCAUCACCGUCAACAUAUCGGUCUCCGUAAGCCAGGUCACCUGUUUUUACUUUGAUCGCCUCAUCACACGACGACACACUCGCCCUUCCGCGAAACCAUGGACCAGCGCUCUCGUGGCGGCCGUCCCCAUCGUCGCAAAACCCUUCCCACCUCAGGCGUCCAGUCUGAUACCAGCGCCAGCGCCGGCGCCGAGUCGACUUCGACCUCGACCAUCAUGACGCGCUCACCCCCCGUUGCCGCGUCCCGCACUCCCCAGACGGCGCCUCAACAACGCCGCACCGCCAAACCCAUUCCCAUGAGCACCCCUUUUAGCCUCCGUUCCUCGCCCUCUACCGGCGGCCUCUCCGGACCUGGCGGCAAGACGGCUCUUAGAAAGAGGUCUCGCACUGGAUUCGAUGGCGCCGCCGAUGAAGAGGACGAGACCUAUCGCAAGGGCCCGCACACUUUGAGGAAGCGUGCCAAAAUUGACUACUCGGCCGCCGACUUUGAGGAUGAGCUGCCAGAGAUUGCCAUCCCCGCCCCGCGUACCGCCACCCGCAAGAGACGUGCAGACAGCGAGGUCGCCGACGACGAGUACUCCACGCCCACGGCCCAGAAGCGGCGUGCCACCUCGCGAGACUUUUCCGUCGCCAGCGCUACCGCUGCCGCCCGCCGCAGAACCCCUGCCCGCAGGAGCGUCGUCGAACAGCAGCAACAGCAACAGCAGCAGCAGUCUUUUUACUCUCAGCCAUCCGACGAGGACGUCGUCAAGGACACUAUCGAGGUCGUUGGCGACUCUUCGGACCUGGUGAGCUCCGAUGAUGCCUCGGACCAUGAAGAAGACGUGAAAGACCAGCCGGGUCGUAUUCCCCAUAACAAAACACACCCGCAGCAGUCCUCUUCGCCCACCCAGUACCGCAAGGCCCAGGACGUCCAUCAGCCCGUCUCCCCUACUGACCAGAGAGUCAUCAAGCAGGACGAUGGACGGUCGAGCCAGGCCCGGGACGUUGUUGUCGCUUCCAACACGAACUCCGGUCCCAUCAUUGUCCAUCCUCGGCCUAUCCGCAUCACCCAGGCUACCAUUAUAAGUAGUGCUGGUACGCGCCCAGAUCCCGAGCCAGUGCCAGCGCCAGCGCAGCGCACUCAGUUCUCGGAAGAUUUUUCAUUUAAACCAAAGAGAGAGGUCAGCUCUCCCGUGCGUCCUACCGACUCCAUUCCGCAGAGAACGGCGCUGCCGGAAGCUGCUGAGGAAUCGUCGUCGUCUACUGGGCCUGCUGUGCUUCUCGGCUCACAGGAAAACUCCGCUCCGGCUGUCGCUGAGAACCACGUUGCCGCCGCAGCUGUAGCCGCCCCCGCCACCAGCGACCACCUCGCUGCUGCACACCCUGCUGAAGAGACGCCCUUACAACCCGUCCGUCAACAAGAUGCUCAUCAUGAGGCACUUUCCAAUGGCCAUGUCGAAGCCAUCGAGUAUGACCUGCCACCUCAUUCCCAACCACCACAAAGCGCGCAGCCGCCUGCUGCGACGCACGGUGCCGAAAGUCGCAGUGUUGACGUUACCGAGUCAUUCACCUCCGAACAUGGAGAAUCAUCUAGACUCAAAGACGAGAUGGAUGUUGACGCCGCGGAGGAGUUUGAUGCGGAAAUGCAGGAUGAUGCCUCCAUCGUCCAACAGCCUAAGGCGCCCUCCCCGCAACCCACAUCCGUCCCAAAGGCGGCCAAGAAGCGAUAUGCAUGGUCCCACCUCACUCCUUACAUCGACGGCGAAUAUGUCACCCAUUCCAUCUACCCCGUCACGGUAGAAGCCUCGGCGCCGACCUCGAACGCCGACGCAGCUGAGACUGCCGGUGACGCCGACAAUGCCGAGCAGGCCGACCCCAAUGCCGACUACAAACAAGUCGAAGUUGAUGCGGAAGAUGAUGGCAAUGCCGACGCCGAAGGCGAAGUAGAUGAUGUUGACGCCGACGCCGAGAACGACGAGGAUCUCGCCAACGACAGCCAGGGCCAGCAACUGUCCCAGGGCUCGGCCUACAACUCUGCGGCCCCUACUCCUGCUCUUACGCCCCGUCAAGGCUCGCCAGUGCUGCCCGCUACCAUCACCGGUACGACCACGCCGGCACCGCUCAUGCCCAAGCAGCUCUUCCGCAAGCAGUACAAAUUCAAGAAGAUCAGAGACCCCUCCGAGUUCGCCGCUUUCCUGAAAGACACCAAGGAUCUUUCUGACGAUGAGCUCUGGUACAUCUUGGAGAGGGCCAACGAAUGCCUCGUCGCUUACCAGGAGGAGUACAAGAAGUGCACUAGGAUCGUCGAUGAUCAGGAGAAUGCCCAACGUCGUGCAGUCCAAGAUGCCGCCUUUGAAAAGAAGACUGCCGACCUCAACGCCUUCGCAAAGGUAGACUCGUACAUCGAAAAGGACUUUGAAGUGCAGGGCUCCCGAGCAACAAUCAAAGAGAAAGAUGCCGGAAUCCUCGAGCAACGCUGGCAGGACAGAGUCAUGGCCAAUGCUUAUGGCUUCGAGUACGACCCUCACCCGAACAAGAUUGGCAACCAGGACCCCGGCGCGCAGCGAGAGGGCGGCGGGGAGGGAGGUCGACAGCUCCGAAGCCAGCCGCAGGCGAGUGCCAAGGCCGCCGAGGGCGAUGGAGUCAUUGUCUCGGGCAAGAGAACCCGCAACCCCCCCAAGUUGUUCGACGGUGUGUUACAGGAUGACCAUCGUGCAGCAACUCCCGGGAGUAACAAGCCUGUUCCCAAGAAGAGAGGCAGAGCCGCCGCCGCCGACAGGGCGGCUGCCUCGCAAGAGCAAGAACCGGAGCCAGAGCCAGAGCCUCAAUCAACCUCGCCGGCCAAGCCUGGGCCACGGAAGAGAGGACCGAGGGGCAGGAAGGCCGUUGUGGUGGUCUCCGAGCCCGGAUCGCCUGUGCCCGAGGACGAGGCCAGUGCUACGCCCCCCGAACCAGAGCAGACUCAACCUCCCAAGCGCAAGCGUGGCCGCCAGCCAAAGUCGGCGGCCGUCGUUGUCGAAGAGCCCGAGCCAGAGUUCGAACCCGAGCCGGAGUCAGAGGAGCAGAAGAAGCCGACCCCGAAGCGCGGCCGCGCAGCCAAGAGACGAAGCAACGGCCACGUCGCAACUGCUACGGAAACGACGGACGAGUCUCGCCCCACCUCGUCUUCUUCCAACGCCACCAUCUCAGACGACGGCUCUACCUAUGGGCUGCGUCAGAACAAGCGGCAGCGGAACUGGAAAGAAGAGGCGGACGCCGUCGAAGAGGAGCCGGUGGCAGCACCCCCGCCAAAGAAGGCGCGCAUCAUCCGGAUCCACCGGAAACAGAGCGCGCCGGAGCUGGCGCCCAAGAAGACGGCGUCGGAGCGGAUUCUCAACGAGCUCCACGACUUCUCGGCCUCGUCUACCACGCCAGGCUCUCCCCGUUUGACGGUGUCCUUCAAGCUUAUAGGAAAGGACCAAUGGACCCUCAAGCCCGCGGCAUCACCGCGCCAGACAUCAACCGACGUGAGCGAGUACAACAUUUCGACGCCUCGACCGGCGCCGGUCUCGGCACCUGUGUCAGCGAAGUCCUCUGCUCCACCUAGUCAGGCUGGAGAAGAGAAGGACUACUCCACCAUGACCAAGUCGGAGAAGAUGUCGGCCUCGAUGAAGAAACGAUGGCUCAACGGCAGCAUGCAAGGUGCCGUCAACAAGAGAAAGGCUACUCUGGCCGCGAAGAAGCAGGCUGCCGCCCUCGCAGAGGCGCAAGCGGCGCAAGCGGCCCAGCAAAAGGCGAUGUCGUUCCAGCAGAUCGGACCGUUCCCCGCGGGUCCCGCACAGUAACAAACCCACACCACAAACCACAUCAUAACAUUACAAUCUACCCAUGUAUCGUCACAAGAGACAUCGGAACAAGGCAACAAAAGGCCAUAUGAACUCACUCGGUCGAGAUUGUCGAUCGAGAAUGACAAAAGACGGACACACGAGAGCCACGAACACCAUUACUUAGCAUUGAUGCUUCCUCACAGAGCACUCCUUUUUUCCCCCUCAUUUUCUACGGUUAUCAUCAGCAUUAUAUACCCAUUCGCAUGACAACAGUCGCAUCCGGAUGGCGUGGACGGGGCGAGGCAAGGGCAAAAACACGGACGGCCUGCGUCCGCCACAACCUUUUUGAUCGCCUUUCUUAUUUCUCGUUUGUGCCAGGACAGCACAUACGGCAAGGGAGAGACGACUAUGGGCCGCUGCUUUCUGUCUCUCGCCAUCAGCAUCGGGAAGCGAGGGCAUACAUCCAGUUCUAUUCUUCUUUUUUUUAUAUUUUAUUGUUCUUCUUCGCCCUCUUCUUUGGGAAAUUGGAAACCAAAAAAUAGCGGCGGUACGGAUCUAGCAUCGAAAACGGACGGACGGACGGACGGACGGACGGGCGACAAAUCCCCUCCACUCUCGGAACUGGACGAGGGGGAUUGUUAUAGGGCUGUCUGUGUCUUACCACAUUGUUUCUAUCUUGUGUUUUUACUUCUCUUUCCACUUUUCUUUCUUUCAUUCUUUUUGGUUUCCUUGGUCCCCGUGCGACAAAAACGACCUCGUUUGGCGGGUGCGGCUCAAGUCUUGGGCCGUUUGGAGAGCUUAUGGGCAUUCGAGAUCGCAUCGAGGAGUCGAGUCGUGUGCACUCACUGAGUCUCCGGGACAGAGAGAAAGAGAGAGAGUGUGUCCCACAUUGAGGUAGCUUGUGAUGAGAAACUCGUUCUUGUUCCUGCGAUGGACAUUGCCUGGAUUGCUCGUGAGGGACGGUGGCAGCGAUAUAGACUCGAGACUCGUCUGGAAAUUGAAUGUGGUGCCGUGCUUUGCCGUGCCUAAGCCGUGCCGUG